CUGUUUUAGCAUGUGUGGGAAGACCUCAGGUACUUCUAGCCAUAGUCCUCCCUCCCAACUUUGUGCAGAGAAGAAGACACAUAAGUGCAGACACUGUAGCAAGACUUUCAGUUCAAAGUCAUCCCUGUGGAAGCACCAACAAAACCAUUCCUUAGAGAAGCCGUAUGUGUGUGGGGACUGCGGCGAAUCCUUCAGCCAUAAAUCAAUCCUCAAUGUACAUCGAAGGACACACACCAGGGAAAAGCCUUACUUGUGUGGGGAUUGUGGCAGGGCCUUCAGAGAUAAUUGGAGCCUUAUCCAGCAUGAGAGGAUGCACACUGGGGAAAAGCCAUACACAUGUGGGUACUGUGACAAGACCUUUAGUAAGAAAAGGUAUGUCGUCCUGCACGAGAAAACACAUAGCGGGGAGAAGCCGUACAUGUGCAGGGACUGUGGCAAAGCCUUCGUCCACAAGUGGAGUCUCAUUGUGCAUCAGAGGACACACACAGGGGAGAAGCCUUAUGUGUGCGGGGACUGUGGCAAGGCCUUCAGAGAGAAAAGGCGCCUCAUUGAUCAUCACAUGACACACACUGGAGAAAAGCCAUACAUUUGCGGGAAGUGUGGGAAGGCCUUCGUCAACAAAUGGUUCCUCGUCCUCCAUGAGAAGAAACACACUGGGGAGAAGCUGCACUCGUGUGGGGACUGUGGGAAAACCUUUACCCAAAAAUGGAGUCUCAUUGUGCAUCAGAGGACCCACACAGGGGAGAAGCCUUAUGUGUGUGAGGAGUGCGGCAAGGCCUUCAGAGAGAAUAGGCGUCUCAUGCAGCAUAAGAGGAUGCACACAGGGGAGAAGUUGCACACAUGUGGGGACUGUGGUAAAGCCUUCAGCCAGAACUGGAUACUCAUUGUGCAUCAGAGGUUGCACACUGGAGAGAAGCCGUAUGUCUGCAGUGAGUGUGGAAAGGCUUUCAGCAGGAAAGGUCUGCUCAUGUUGCAUCACAGGUCACACACUGGAGAGAAGCCAUAUGUGUGUGGUGACUGUGGCAAGGCCUUCAGUCAGAAAUCCACCCUCCUUGUGCAUCAAAGGACACACACAGGGGAGAAGCCAUACCUGUGUGGGUACUGUGGCAAGUCAUUUAGAGUGAAGAAGAGCCUCACUGAGCAUGAGAGGACCCACACAGGGGAGAAACCUUAUGUGUGUGGGGACUGUGGCAAGGGCUUCAGGAGGAAUAGGCGUCUCAUUGAGCAUAAGAGGGUGCAUACUGGGGAGAAGCCAUAUGUGUGUGGUGACUGUGGCAAGGCCUUCAGUCAGAAAUCCAGCCUCCUUGUGCAUCAAAAGACGCACACAGGGGAGAUGCCAUACCUCUGUGGGGAGUGUGGCAAGUCAUUUAGAGUGAAGAAGAGCCUCCUUGAGCAUCAGAGGACACACACUGGACAAACACCAUAUCUGGGCAAGGAUUCCAGCCAGGCCUUCAGAGAGAAUAGGUGCCUCAUCGAGCAUCAAGAGAUGCACACUAGGUAGAAGCAGUAUGUAUGCAGGGAUUGUGGCAACGCUUGUAGCCAGAACAGGAACCUCACUGAACAUCAAAGAAUGCAUAUUUCAUCCCGGGCUGGUGUGGCUUUGUGGACUGAGUGCUGGACUUUGAAUCAAAGGGUCUCUGGUCCAAUUCCCAGUCAGGGCACAUGCCUGGGUUUAGGCCAGGUCAACAGUAGGGGGAUGCUCCAGAAGCAACCACACAUUGCCGUUUCCUUCCCUCUCUUUCUUCCUUCCUCUUUCUAAAAGUAAGUGAUUUUUCUUAAAAACCUAGGGAAAAAGCAAUGUACCCUCAGGAGAAGGCAUACAUGUUAGGCUAGUACAGACUUGAGCAAGAACUCCCUGUUCAGGAAGCACAGACCAGUGCAUACAGGGGAGUCCCCUGCCAGUGCUCCAUCUGCCAGAAGGACUUCAUGACAUGCUUAUCUCUACAAAAUCAUCUGACUAGCCUCACCUUGGAGAAUUGCGGCAAAACCUUCAUCUGGAACUUUUUGCUCCCCACCAAGUGGUUUCUGUGGGAGACAAGCCCUACUGGAGUGGCAAGUGGAGGAAAACCUUCAGCAGGAAUUUCUACCUCAUGUGGCACAAAGCAGGGGAUCGGGGGGUUUUCGAAUCCACACCGACUGCUAGGUCCUGAGCUCAUGGGCCAGUGCCAGACUUGAUAUUGGAGCCCGCAGGUGGGAUGCAAGAGAAGUCCUGAUCAGGCCUGUCUUAGAAAUAUGGCUGUUGUGGACACACUAAGUCAUUAUCAUAUGCUUCCCCAGCAUCUGCAGGGCCAGGUGCAAAGUAAGCACCAUCCAGGUCUAGUAUCUAGAAAUGUAGCCAGGGGCCUGUGACUCCAGACCUAGAUCCAAUAAACUGUUGUAGAAGCUUGGAUAAAACAUUUAGUGUCUGGUCUCCAUCUCCUGGAUAGUAAAGUGGAGGAGAAAAAGAAGGGAGAUGUGGAGAAGGGCUCCAUGGGGGCAUCGUCACUUUGUGAUACAUGACAUGCCUGGAUCUUGUCUAGAAGUCAGGUGGUCACAUCCGUGGGUAUCCUUGUUUGCCCCAUUCCCAGCCCCCAGGUUUUCUGCAACAGUAGAAGGUGCCAUAUGUUUUAU